UACUGUAAAUAACCUUUGAAUACGUGUUAAUACAAUAGGAUAUACCUCGAUACACGACUGUUGACUUAUGGAAAUUGCGUUAAAUAUUGCGCACUUGUCUUGUUUCUGUAACUUCGGUUAGGCUUUUUGUUGUAAACGCAAUAAAAAAAAAUAUAUACUUUUCUGCGUGAUCAUAAUCAUUUUGUUGCAAGUGCUCAACAAGGAAUUUAUCGAGAAAAUUAAAAUGAACGUCAAAAUUCUACUUUUAUCUUGUUCGGUGUUUCAUGCCAUGUCGGAACAACAGGUUUAUGCGAUGGACGACCGAAAAGUAGAGGAUGUACAUGAAUCGACUGAGCUGUUCCAAACAUAUGACGACAUUGAUGACACUUUUGAGGAUGAUUCUAAUUCGAGCACUGGUGAUAUUAUUGAUUUAUUCGAAGAAGCGCUUCAAAAUCGAUUUUCCAACGACCAAAAACUUACAAAGGAACAAGUCGAAACCGUCAUAGAUUCUACAACACGAGAUUUGGAUAAGGAAGGAUUUAAACAAAAGUUGAACGAAAACGUUUUUAGUGAAAGCGAAUCGAUAAGCCAACAUCAGUUCGUACUCGAGCUUAUAGAUUUUGAUUUAGAAAAGCAGAAGGAAAACACUAUUUUGGAGAUGUUUAAAAUGUACGAUUUGGACGGAGACGGUAAUAUCACUGCGGAAGAAUUACAAAAAUUUUUGAACUCUGAAGGUGUCCUAUGGACAUUAGAAAAUUGUCAAAAAAUGAUUGACAAAGUCGACCUUGACGGCAACGGUAUUAUUGACUUUUCCGCAUUCACAAGGAAGGCAGACGAUUUUGAUUUCGGACAAUUUGAAGACUAUUCAGAAACUUUCAGUAAAAUUGAUUUGAACGAGGACGAUAAGAUUACAAAAUAUGAGUUAGCAGUUUACUUGAACAGCGAGUAUGGAGAAUGUUUACAAGAACUUAUCGACGAAGUAUUCAAUUUGUUGGAUACAAACGGGGACAAAGUAAUCGAUUUGAAUGAAUACCGGAAUCUGGGUGUUAUUUAAGCGUUGAAUGAAAUGUGAAAUUAUGUAUUCAAAUGAAGAUUACAAUAUUCUAAUCAAAUCUGUUGAUGUUUUAUAAAACAUAUAUUAUAUAAUACAUUGCUAAAUACACAAUUAAAAAUUGUUCACCUAC